UUUAAUUUUUAAAAUGUAAUUGUUUUAUAAUAUAGCAUGAAUUAGUAAAGUAAAUGUAGAAAAUGUAUUUCCCAAUCGGUUGGCCAAAAGUUAUAAAAAUUUCGGAAGAGGGACAGGGUGCAGUAAGAGAAAUAAAAUGUAAUAGAGAUAGAAUUUUGUUUGCUAUUUUAACUGAUGAUUCUCUAGCAAUAUGGUUUUGCAAGCCCUGCGUCCCUAUAGUGUUUCAACGUCGCUCAACAAAAUCUUUAGAAAAAUUUGGGACAAACGUUACUGCAGAAUGGAAACCAGAUUCAAGUAUGAUCGUUGUUGCUACCUCCGAGGGACAUCUGUUAUUUUACAAACUAGAUGUCCCCUCUGAUCAUAAAGGGUUAUAUGUCCAGACUGAUUCACCACAUGCUAAUUUACGAAGGGACAGUGCAGAGUUAUUUAUAAAGGAAACUAUACCACCACUUUCACUGACAUUGAGUGAAGAAGUUAUGGUUUGGGAUGGCAAAAUUACUGGCAUGGUGUGUAUAACCAUGAGCGAAUUAAUGUUGGCUACUACAGAGAGUCAUGUACUGAGGUAUCGCUGGGACGGGACUCAAAACAGAGAUUACACCCUCGAUUUAAGAAGAAUUCCAUUCUGUAUAAAUCAACAAGUAUCAAAAGCUGUUCCUAUAGUCGAAGAAAACACCUAUAUUGUAGAUAUAGAAUAUUCACCAUUGGUGGGUGGAUUCUCAAUAGUGUUAAAUGAUGGCAGAGCUGCAUUUUUAACCGCAUCAUCCUUAAAGUUCGAUCCAAAUCAGGUUCAAGGUAUAUGGGCUCAGGGAAUCGAAGACGCUACAUGCACUACAAUAAACCAUAAAUAUAGGUUGAUAACAUUUGGCCGAGCAAAUUCUGAAUGUAUCGUUUACUAUGUCGAUGAAAGUACUGGGGGUUUGGAGAUAUCCCAUAACUGUAUUCUAAGCAGCAAAGAUUACCCUGGAUGUCCUGGAUCAGUAGGAAAGGUGCUGUGGACUCCAGAUGGAUGUGCUUUGGUAGCUUCGUGGUCUAAAGGAGGUAUAGCGAUGUGGUCUACUUUCGGAGCCCUCCUUAUGUGUUCGCUAGGAUGGGAUUAUGGACUCAAUGUUGAUAUUCAGAAGUGUAACCCUUUGCAAAUAUCAUCAAUGGAAUUUGCUACUGAAGGGUACCAGUUAUGGAUGGUUCGAAAACAUAUUGAAGAGGCGACUAUUGAUGAUAAUACCAAAUGCGACACAAACGGUAACGUUGACUCCAACAAACAAACAUGUUUGACAAGUUUGAUACAACUAGAUUUCGUCAAAAGUGCUUUAACAAUAAAUCCUUCUAUGAGCCAUCAGAGCCACCUAUAUUUACAAGGCGAGGAUAAACUGUACGUCAAUUCCGCAGACACUCUGAUUAGAAUGUUUGCCGAUAGAUCAUGUAAAGAUGACGUAUUUGGUGAUGGUGCCUCCUCUUUGACCAGCACAUUAGCCGAGGGACGGCAGUGGCUAGUCGUACCUGUCCCUUCGACAUAUUCCGCCACGAAUUGGCCCGUGCGGUAUUCGGCAAUCGAUUCUGACGGCCAGAACAUGGCGAUUGCCGGACGAACGGGGCUGGCACAUUAUUCCAUGCAGUCGCGUCGAUGGAAGCUUUUCGGCAACGAAACUCAAGAGAAAGAUUUUAUCGUGGCAGGGGGCUUGCUAUGGUGGCGUGAUUAUAUCGUGUUGGGAUGUUACAGCAUAGUAGAUAAUGCGGACGAACUCAGGUUUUAUCCUAGGGAGGCGAAAUUAGACAAUAAGUUUGCUAGGAUAGUGAGAGUGGCCGCACCAGUUUUGUUGAUAAAUAUUCUUCAGGAUCAGCUGAUCACUUUUGGAUCUGAUGCCCUGGUGGUCAUUUGGCAUUUGAAGCAGAACGAUUCAGUUGGAGAUGUGGACGUCAUCAAGUUGCAAGCAGUCGAUAUAUCGGCUUUGGCGGUGCAUCCCGCUUGCAUCGCCUCUAUCACCCUCACUUCUUUAAGGACAGAAACCGGUCGGGGCCAAACAAGGCCUUCUGAAAGCAUAGUAUUAAAUGUGAGCGGUCGUCUCUUGAUGGUACAGAGAGAGAUGCGUAACGGUGAGAAAUACACUUGUCUGAUGCCAACGGUGCUGGCAAGUUGUGUGGAAAACGUAUGGGUGCCUGCUCAGAGAAGGCCAGAUAAGGCCCAUUUGACCGAAGCUUUGUGGUUGUUUUGCGGAGCCCAUGGGAUGAGAGUUUGGUUACCACUGUAUCCGAGAGAUGGAGAUAAAACGCAUACUUUUAUGUCCAAACGGAUUAUGCUGCCUUUUCAUUUACGUAUAUAUCCCCUCGCAAUACUUUUCGAAGACGCAAUAAUAUUAGGAGCUGAAAAUGAUACCGUCCUGUAUACAUCUGAUUCUAAUUCUCCGUUUUCUUUACCUUUCAGCGUAUUACAAAGAACCAGUCAGGUUUAUCUGCACCAGAUACUGCGCCAGCUGAUAAGGAGGAAUUUGGGUUAUCAUGCUUGGGAAAUUGCAAGGAGCUGCAUGAGUCUUUCUUACUUCCCUCAUUCCUUAGAAUUGUUAUUACAUGAGGUCUUAGAAGAAGAAGCGACGAGUAAAGAACCAAUACCUGAUGCCCAGUUACCCAGCGUAAUCGAAUUUAUAAUGGAAUUUUCCGUAUAUCUGCAAACCGUGGUGCAGUGUGCGAGAAAAACCGAAAUUGCAUUGUGGCCUUACCUUUUCUCAGCUGCUGGCAAGCCAAAGGAUCUCUUUCAGGAAUGCAUGGCCAAGGGACAGUUGGACACUGCCGCCUCUUACCUUAUUAUAUUGCAGAAUUUGGAGACCUCUUCAGUCAGUAGACAAUACGCCACCCUACUCCUAAACACUGCUCUAGACAAGUCGAAAUGGGAACUCGCAAAGGAAUUAGUACGCUUCCUUAGAGCAAUAGACCCUAAUGAUGUCGAGUCGGAAUCUCCGCGCACUUCUUUCAUCUUACCAGCUAAAUUGGGGUUGUCUCAGCAAACCCCGCCUGUUACCCCUAACGCGGAGGAUAUUUCUCUUAUUUUGGGUAACGUACAGGGUCCCAGAGUGCGCAGCUACAGCACGACCAUAUCCCCGAAAAUAGCCGAGAGAGCCAGCAAUGCCAUCGGGAACAUGAAUUCCCUCGCAGAGUCUCCGAAAUCUGCUAGGAAAAAAUCUGUGCCAAACUCCAUCGGAAAUCAAAAAAGCGAUAACAGGGGAUCACCAAGCAAUACUGCCGAAGAAUUUUUCAUAGACGUAAUCUUACAAAAGCAUGCCCGGAGGCUAUUGUCUGCACGUCGGUUGACAGAUUUGGGCUAUUUCGCUGCUCAUUUGGACUUUCAUCUUGUAGCUUGGUUAGGUAAAGAGCGAGACAGAGCCGCUAGAGUAGACGAUUUCGUGAAAGCAUUAAAACAGGUCCACGAGGACUUCAAUUGGCCAUAUCCUUCUCCAGCUGCGAUUUUAACUGGAGGAAGUUCUGUACCUCAGUCUCCGGUGGACACAAAUACACAUAUCAUGGACGAUCACCUGCGAUCUCUAAAACUGGACGUAUUCAACUACCCAACGACUUCUAGUAGAGUCGGUGAUAGCGGCUAUAUGUCCUUCCAAGGCCUACACGGUUUGAUAACACCCAUGAACGCUCUAGAACAAUCCAGCCAGAUAGCAGAGACUGAAAUCGACGAGGAAAGCCUGUGCGAGAAUCAAACUGGCAAACAAGAUAAAUCCCAAAAGAACGAUCAUAUCCUGGAUAGGAAGUUGAGCGAGAACUUUGGCGCUAGCCUAAAUCUGAAAACAACGGUUUUAGCUACGGCUGUGGACGAAUCCAUGAUGAGUACCGUCAGUUCGGUUUGGGGUGACGAUAGAGAGAUCGGGACUUCGGGUACGGAUAACUGGGAGGUUCCUUCCUCGCAGAUUUUGGAGCAACUGUCGAAUAUGGACAGUAAGGGGUCGCAUCGGUCUGAGGUGCAGUUAAGAUAUCUCUUACAGCUGUUCAUGGAGGCUAGUUGUCUGGAAUGGUCGCUUUUGAUUUCGGUUUUACUACGAGACGCGAUGGCGGUUCUACGAACUGUGAACGCCGCUAAAUCGCAUGAUCAGUCAAUUGAAGCCGCGUCCAGGCUCCGGCAAGGUAUACUCAUCUUGAAUUAUUGGACAAAUACAGAAUGCCUUGGGUAUAAGCCCUUCAUGGUGGCAAUACAGAAUCAAGUUUCCGUCCUGACGAAAAUCCUGGAAACAAAAAUCCAGCACCAGCAGAUCAUUGAGUAUCAGCAAGCGGUAUCGGCGACGUUGGACAAAGUCGUGUCGCCCAAACCCAGGUCUCGCAAGCCAAGCUCAAACCAAGACGGCGGCAGCGUUCAGAGCGCCGCCAAAGAGAAGAAGGGCGCUAGCGUCGCCAGCAACCACUCCAACGACAAGCUCAAUGACAUUAAUAACUCGAGUAAUAUUAAGGAGAGCUCCGUGAAAGACAUUAUCGAUAAUCAACUCGUUCAAGAGAAUACCAGGUGCGUCAUUUCUUAAAUUGUAACGUUACGUAUAGCUUUCUUAACGCGAUUCGAAUAGUUUCUUCUGGGUUGACAGUACAAAUUAUUUUUUUACGAUUGCCGGGAUACUUGUGCUGAUUAGAAACAAGAGGGAGGUACUUGAAAACGGAGAUGUACAAGUAGUCCAAUCAAAUUGUCGAAAAUACCUCAUUUUUUGCCA